CAGAGCCUUGGUCUACUGAAGCGGUAGAAGCAAGGGCAGCGGCAGAGAUAGGGGAACUGGAGAGGAUUUAAGGAGUUUGCAUCGCCAAUGCCGUCAGCAAGCUGUCGCCACAGAAGCAGGAGAAAGGAGCAGUCGACAGAACAACUCGAGCAGGUGCAGAUCGAGCUGACACCGACUGGGAGCACAUCAUCCUCCAAGCCGAUAGCCACCGGUCACCGCAGCCUAGAGGCUAACGUCGACGUGCCGAAGACGACCUCACACUCCGUCACUGUACAGCUGGACUCGCUGCAGGGGUGGAAGCGAGGUCACAAUGAGAGACCCGUGAUGAUGCGUAAUGAUCAUAUGCACUGGAAGGAGAAAAAAACAUGUGAAUCCUCACAUCAGUGGAGGUCCACCUUAUGGCCACGCCCUGUCCUCCGCUGCAUCAAGUGCAAGAAAGUGAGAAAGAGAGGGGAUAAAGGGGGAUGAGAGAUGAGAGAUGAAGAACUUCGAACAUAAUUUCACUGUAGGGACAUGACACAUGUUUUGGCUGAGGUCCAGCCGACGCCACAGUGCUCGAUUUCAGACCUUAGAAACCAUGGCAUCCAAUCUGGCUUAUUGGCUGGCUGGACACUGCUUCCUCCUAGAUUGAACAACGGCGGUGGCCAGAUGAAUCAGCGGGGGAGGAGAAACUUGUAGGAGGAGAGGAGAUCGUCUGGCUGGAUGCGUUGGCCCCCAAAAACGGCAGUGGCUGAUGGAUGACUUCAUCGGGGAGGAGAACUGCCGCUGGAUCGGAGGAGGUGCACGUUCGUGCGAUGUGAGGAUAUCCAGGAAGAGGAGAAAGCGGUGGCUGCUCCCUCGCGAAGGAUCGCGGUAAGCGGCAGG